AUGUCAGAUACAGAUAAUAUGAGCGAAGGAAUAUCAUCAUGUCAGGGUAACACUGAACAGAGAGCUUCCGGGACUCAAUAUGGUAGCGCCACAGGUUCAAACAACAAAAAGCUGUUCAACAAUUACUCAAUCAAGGAAGUAACAGAUGAAUAUAGUUCGAGUAUUACACGGUACCUAAAAGAUAACAUCUUUAGUCCUUUCCCGUGUGAAAAGGCAAAAUAUGAUGUUCAUAUCAGAGAGGUCAAAACAAAAGACUUCUUAGAAAAAUGGUUGUUUGAUAUUUAUAAAUACUUCACUUAUUGUGGGUAUGAAGAUAAGUUUGACUUCUCAAAUACAACUCUAUUCGACGGUAUCAAUUCAGAUCAAGUCGCAUGGUGGCAAGACGUAUAUGAAAGAGUAGUAUCUCUACCAGAAAACCCAGAAUGGUUGGAAGCUCAUCGAGAGAAAUUCCGUGAGGAUUAUGCCGACAUUCCCACCAUUGCUAUGGACUAUAUCCAUAAGAAAUACAAUCCUUAUUUACUGGAGCAUAGAGUCAAAUUCUUCGAAGUAAAUCCUCGUUACAAGGUGAAGGGUUUAAUAAAAACUUUAACAGACUUAGUUGAAGCUUUCAAAAAAUGCAAUUUACCUCACUUGGAUACUAUCCUGGCCGACAAAGUGUACAGACAUAUUAUGAUUUACCAUGGUUUUGAUAGCAUACAUCCCAUCAGCAAACCACCUACAAAUCAAACCACUGAGAUAAUCCUAGAAUUAAAGAAGGAAUUGAGGUUUAGCAAAAUGACUAAACAAAAGAGAACACUCGAAAACACUGAUAGGAGAAUCGAUGACAGGAAUAAAUCCUUCAAACAACGGAAUAAAUUCUGGGACUAG